AUGCCACAAGGCCAGCAUCAUCCGCCUCCUGUCAACACUGCCAUCGCUUCCGUCUCUGCAGGUGGUGGCCUUCCUUCGGCAGGCACUCCGACCCAGCGCGUCGCGACUCCCCAGUCUGCUGUUCCUCCCGGUCCCGGUCAAGCACUUAGCCAUUCCGCUGCCGUCUCGCGCGCCAACCAGCGCAUGAACUCGCAGACCUCAACCAUGCCCGCCCAGCAGCAACAGGCCACCGGAACCCCUGGCUCAGCCGGCGCUCACGCUCAAGGUGUCAUGGGAUCCGGAGCCGUUCCGCAUCAACAAGCGCACCCUACCCAGCCGACCCAAACGCUGCAAUCCAAGCUCCCCAUCCCCAAGCAGCUCCCGGAGAAAGCGACCGCCGUCCCGCAACCUGUUGCCAUGGCUGGCGGUGCUGGCGCCGGCCGUCCUACUUAUACAGGCGGCGGUGGCAUUGCUGGAGGUGUCAUGGGACAGCCGGCAAUGGCAAAGAUCCCCGCCUAUGUCCAUGAGGCUGAGGGAGACCACGUUCUGAGCAAGAAAAAGCUGGAUGAGCUUGUCCGGCAGGUUUGCGGCGGCAAUGCCGAGGGCCAGGAGAUCAACAUGCUGACCCCCGAGGUUGAAGAAAGCGUUUUAGCCAUGGCCGACAGCUUCGUCGACAAUGUCCUCGAGACGGCCUGCCGCAAUGCCAAGGAGCGAGGCUCCAAGGUUCUUGAGAUCCGUGACAUCCAGCUUGUCCUUGAGCGUACCUACAACAUCCGCGUUCCAGGCUACUCGUCCGACGAGCUGCGCACCGUCCGCAAGAUCCAACCGUCGACCGCCUGGAUCACCAAGAUGAGCGCCAUCCAAGCCGCCAAGGUCACUUCCGGCAAGGGCGAGUAG